UCAAUUGGUAUCAGUGUCAUUGUAAGAAUUGAAGGAGAAUGAAGUUGAUAGGGUUCACAUUUUUGGCCCUAUUUUGGGCAACAGCUUAUGCAGCAACCUGUAAUUUGUGCGGAUGUCCGGUGGACUCUAGAUGUCCAGCAUCUGACGGAACACACGCGUUACACUUGCCUCAUCUGACAAACUGUUCCAAGUUCAUCACUUGUAACGCAGGAACAGGGUGUGAAAUGGAUUGUCCCGCUGGGCUUCACUUCAGCACUCUAACACGAAAUUGCGAUUUACCUGCAUUGGCCUGCUGUGAUGCUACAAUUCAAUGUCAAAAUAGAGAUGACGGUAAUUGUGAAAGUUAUGUCGACCCUCGAUGCUCCAUUGUCAAUAUUUUUGAGCAUCCGACGAACUGCGCAAAAUUCUAUCAGUGUAAUGAAGCAGGAAAGCCAUGCCUACAAGAUUGUCCAGCUGGAUUACAUUUCAACAAAAAUAAGGGAGUUUGUGACUGGCCAUUCCUCGCAUGUUGUGAUAAAUCAGUCGUAUGUAGGGAGCCAUGUAUUCCAGGAGUAACUUGUCCACCUGGACCGACACCAGCUCCUCCAACACCAGCUCCACCAACACCAGCUCCACCAACUCCUGCUCCGCCAACUCCUGCUCCACCAACACCGGCACCACCUACUCCCGCGCCACCAACCCCAGCACCACCAACUCAAGCACCACCACCAGGGGAUUGCGUUCUCUGUCCAGAGUACUGCACACCAAAUGCACUGUGCCCCGCGGUCAAUCCUCAGAAACCGGUACUUCUGCGCCACCAAAAUCGCUGUGAUAUGUUCUACAAGUGUAACUCCGGAAGAGCAUGCGAGGUCGAAUGUCCACCAGGGCUACAUUUUAACGAGAAACAGGGUGUCUGUGAUUGGCCAUGGCACGCUUGCUGUGAUGCUUCUGUAACAUGUGUAACACCAUGCAUCCCAGGAGUCACCUGCCCGCCAACUGGCUAAGAAGCGUUCCUUUUGAUCUUCAUGUUCAAUUAUCUUAUAAGUCCCAUUGUUUCAAUAUGUUCCGAUGUAUUCUGUGCUUUUCUUCAAGUAUAUAGAUGUUCAAAUGCUUAUAAACGGUUUGAGAGAUUCUUCUCCCAGAUAAGAAUUGGGGUUGAUUCGAUGCUAAAUAAAAUUAAUUUCUAUUGCUUACCCUAACAAA